AUCACCCGGAAAUGCUCCACGGCCAUUUUCUGCCAUGACAACAAGAAAACAAGAUGGCGGCGCUUGUGAACCUUUAUCGUCGAAUGGAGGAGAUAAAUGAAGAAUGCUAUACGCGAAAAAAUGAAGCUGAAAACCACAGACAGAGGGAAUAUGAUGCAGCUGUGUCCAUUCAGGCCUGGUUCCGUGGCACAACUAUCCGUCGGUACUUGAAAUAUGUUAGAUGCUGUGCAGUAAAUAUUCAAAGGCGAUGGAGAGGAUACCUGGGCAGAAAAUAUUUCAGAAUUCUUGUCAAGAACAGUGUAUUCAUCAUGAAGCUGAACUACUACAACCUUAUGGCAUCAAAGAUCCAGAAGAUAUGGCGGGGUUACUAUGUGCGGAAAUAUGUGUUUGACUUCUACAGCCGAAGGCGCUAUAUUGAGGCUCUCAAAUUAAAGAAUGAAAUUAUCAGGAUAGAGCUUCAAGAGUACAUAGAACACCAGACCAUCUUGCACAAGAGGAUACAAGAAGAGCGAGAUAAGCAAAUGAGUGAAUAUAAUGCUCGCAAAAAUCACUACCUUGUCAGCACCUAUGUACAACCUGGCAUCUACAACUCUCCUUUCCUUCCGUGUCCCUCUAAAAAGGAAAUUCUUUUACGGAGUGUGAAACCUCUCCGCCCAAAGAAAUUAGCUGAAAACAAUGAGUUUGAUCCAGCUUGUGCCAGUUAUAAGAGUGAUGUACCUAAGCAUCUUCCUGUUCCACCAAUAAAACCACAGGGUCCAUUCCGAGAACCAGAGGAGGUGCAGAAACAGCGAUACAAACCAUUUCAGCCCUCUUUGCGUGUAGCAACAGACAUUGAUUCUCUGCAGAAGGCACGUGAAAUCUUGAAAGCAGAAGAAUGGGUUACCCGUCACCAUGAUGAUAUUUUUCUGCCAUGCACUCGAAAAAGUGUACCUUAUGAACCUUUACUUUAUACCACAUCCAAGUAUGGGAGUCUACCAUACGGGAGCAAACACUUCAGAGAGGAGACUUUAAACAAGCAGAUUGUUGCAAAGCCUUUCAAGACAGUGCUACCACCAAUCCCCAUCUUUGACAAGUUCAAUCAAACUUACUCACAAGGUCAAGUGUGAAAACAUAAUUAUCCUUCACCAUACCAACCUUAACUAUGCACCAUCUGUUCCAUCCUUGAAUUCCCUUCUUAAAAUGUCCUGUUUCUUCCAUACAUCUCAGUCUUCUUUAGACUGAUACACUGAAUUCAGGUCUUCUACCUGCCUACCCCAUUCAUCCCUAGCAAUCAAGCAUGUCAUUGAUGUUUUUUGCGCGAAAGUCUGGAAUCCUUGCUUCCACAACAAUAUUUGCAGGCAGACUUGACUGAUGUGAAUCUAGUAAUUUUUGGGGGGAAGUGAAUUCAUACCAUCUGUUUCACAUUAGCUGAAUCAAGAGCUACAACUACACCUUUCAGUUUCAAUGCAUCUACAUGACAAUGCCAUCUGUCAUAUUUGGUAAUGUUAAUUUGUAGAUCUUGAGAUUCACCUGGUCAACAAGCUAGCUGUAUGUAUAUAUUGAAGUCCCACACACACACACAUAUAAAGUAGCAUACAAUUAUAGGUAAAGUUUCAGAAAUAUAAAGAUUUCCAAAACUUGUCUGUUGUUAUUUUUAAAAAUUCAUGACCCCUAGCAUGUGCUGCCAUAUUUGUAAUAAAUACAAAAAGUAUUGGUGGAGGAACUUCAGAAAGGAUGCAGUGAAUAAUUUUGCUGUAUGUGAGCAGAAAAGACUAUUGCUGAAAAUAGACAAGAACUGUUGAAGUACUGUUAUUCCAGCAAUGGGAUAAUAUUUUUGAAGGUGAGCAACAAUGACAGAACAAAAGGGGUAAGAACAAGUUUCAAGGGAAACAUUUGUUUUGUUUCAGUCAAGUGCUACAGCCAGAUGUCUAGCAUGUAAAAUACCAAAGACACUUAAAGCUUGACAGUUCACGCAGACAUAUACAAUCAAAAAGAAAAAUACCACCAAGUUUACCCAGCACAUAUGAAAGUGUCGUAAUAAAGUUGACAUACACCUGUCUGUGAAAAUAGGACACUUGUCUAAUGUAUCAACCAUGAUAAAGGUGUGGACUUGCAUCAGGUCUGUAUAUAUGACAAAUAUUUGAAGACAUUUUGAAAUGAACUUUUUAAGAUGAAGUUGAUGAGGCGAUGAAUGUGUAGGUGUGCACAUAUGUAAGACUCUCAUUGAGGCAUGUUUUUGUCAUGCUUUGGCCACAUCUAAUAAAUCGUUUAAAAAUU